AUGGUCGCACACACCUCGCCUGCUCACUUCACCCACAAACUCCCGUCAUGUCAUGCCGUGUGUCGUUUCCUCUCCUCCAAAAACAUUACACGGAAGUCUCCUGUCAACAGCGGCGGACGACAUUGCAGCAGUUUGAGUGAAGCAAGUCCCCCUGAGCCGGCUGCGAAGUCUUAUCCAAUAGCCACCGACUCUCCUGAGUGCGUCCAUAAACACGUGUCAGCCAUGGGGCCGCUACAUCGGCACCAACGGCAUCCUCCCGCCGUUCCUUCGCGGAUUUUCCUAUCGCUCGCUCUCCUCGCCGCCCUCUCCCCCCUAAUCGCCGCUCAACCAGUUGCCGACAGUCAAAAACCGGCGCUUCAGGCGAUUCUCACGGCGUGGGGUGACUAUGUGCCGCGGCUAGCGCAGUCGUGGUUCGUUGCCGCCGACUGCGCGGAUUGGUUUGGCCUUAAAUGCGCAUUCGACGGCCGCGUCAUCUCACUUGAAAUCCCCAACCGGCCGUUGUUGGCGGGGCAGAGCAUCCCUCCCGCCAUCACCCAACUCGUCGCGCUGCAAAAGCUGAGCCUGGACCAUAAUUUCCUGGGCGGCAGCAUACCCACUAACAUCGGCUACAUGACCGCGCUCACUAAUCUGUCGCUGAGCGGUAAUGCUCUCGAGGGCGAAAUCCCUUCCAGCGUCGCGAACCUCGCCAGCCUCCAGACGCUCGACCUGAGCGCGAACCGUCUCUCCGGCGCCAUUCCCGACAUCUUCUGGGGCAUGGGCAGCCUGCAGACACUGGCGCUGGGCCUCAACGCCUUCACAGGAAGCUUCCCUAACAGCCUCUUCUCGCUCGCGCAGCUCCGCCAUUUGCUGGUGGGUGACAACAAGCUCUCGGGCGUGCUCCCCUCGUCCUUCUCCAGCCUCGCCUCGCUCGUCGCGCUGGAUCUCAACGGGAACGGCUUCUACGGCAACCUCCCACAAGCCUUGGGCUCGCUCUCGAACCUCGUCUUCCUCGACGUGAGCAAGAACCAGCUCUCCGGAGCGCCGCUCUCCGUCUUCUCCUCCGCGUCGCUCGGCGUCGCGGCGCAGGCGACUUACGACCUGAGCAGCAACUACUUCGUCACCUACCCGAACAUCUUCACCGCCGGCGCGUCGCAGUUCUGCCCGUCGCAGGUCGGCGGCGGAUACGCGGAGGCGAACCUCGAGAUGUACGGCGUGUCCAAGUUCAGCGGAAUGAAGGAUAAUUGUUUCCUGGGCGGCUACUGGAACGUGUCGCAGAGUUUCACGGACGGCAAGGGAAAGCAUAACAGGGACGUCGCGGCCAAGGGCACGGGCUUCGAUAAGAAGUUCAAGAAGAAUGGCAACGGGAAUGGCAACGGCAACGGGAAUGGCAACGGCAACGGGAACGCGUACGGCAAGGCGUCUGUUUCGUCGUAUUCCGCGUCCUCGUCCGGCUCUGCAACCUCGUAUUAUUACUCUUCAGCGAAAGCCAGCAAGGGCGGAAAGAAAAACCCAAAGAAGGGCAGCAGCAACGGGAAUGGGAAUGGAAACGGGAACGGCGCCAGCGGUGGCAGUGCGAGUGCGGGAACGGGAUGCCCGGUGGGUCCUCAGCGGCGCGCUGUGGAAUGCGUUGGGUUCUGCGGCGCAGCUCUCCCCGCAGGGCCGUGUGGGGGACUCGGCAUGUGCUACCUGGCUGCCCCCUCCAACACCCCCACCUGCGCCUGCAACGCUGGCAUGUUCAACGUGCUGCUCUCCAUUCAAGUGGGCAAAGUGACUAUCAGCUACCCCUCGUGCUCGCCCAACCAAGGCCCCACGACACCUCCCCCCCCCAUGAUCGACCCGGGAACGAUCAAGAGGCGCGAGUACAAGGGGGCCAAAGACACGUCUGCCAUUGUCUCAAGCUCCUACUACAACAAGUACUUCCGCUACGCCUCUACCAGCUUCACGGGCAACUACACCACUCCUCUCUGGAACAUCAACCCGGCCGUUGACUGGCGCGCGCGCAUCCCGGCUACUCUGACUGGCGCCAAGGACCAAGGCCUCUGCUCCGCCUGUUGGGUGUUCGCACCCGUGGCAGCCAUGGAAGCCCUCUACGCAAUCGUCUACAACGUCGCGCCGCCCAACAUCUCGGAGCAGAAGGCCAUCGACUGCCAGGGCACGUGGGACUGCGAGGGCGGCCGCCCCGACGACGCCUUCAACUACAUCGCCGCUUCCGGUGGCCUUCCCACCAGAGACACCUACCCCUACACUGGGAUUCUUAACUCUGGCUCCUGCAUGGUCACCAAGCGCUCGCUUUCUCUCCGCCGCCUCCUCUCCGACGACGCCACCAUCUCCACCUCCUCCCUCCGCCACCUCUCUGAGUCCGUUGAUUCCGCCUCUUCCUCCGCCGCCUCGGUUUCUCCGGACUUGGCCAACCCCUCAGACAUUUUCUCUCGCGCCAUCCGCAGCCUGAAGGCCAAGAGGGCGGCAACACCUGUGCCGCUGCCUCCGGCGCCGUAUGCGAUUUCCAUGUUUGAGACGGUGCAGAUCGGCGGGUGGAUUGGGCUGGCUCUCACGGUGCAGCAGCAGCCUGCUGUUACCUACAUUGCUGCCUCGGCCGAGUCCUUCAUCAAGUACCCCGGGGGCUUUGUCUACGCGGAUCUCAACUGCUUUGCAACUGAGGUCGUGGACCAUCUGGUGGUGGUGGUGGGGUUCAACCUGCUGGACGCGACGCCCCACUGGAUCAUCCGCAACUCAUGGGGCCCAUCGUGGGGCGAGAAUGGCUACAUGAAGAUCGCCAUUGCGGGCGGUCCUGGCAUAUGCGGCAUGCAUACCAUGCCGGCAAUGUAUCCGGUCCUCCAGACGCCCGAUCCCUGCAAGCCGAACCCGUGCGGAGGUGGUGUGUGCACGCCGUUCAAGGGCAAGCCAUUCAAGAACAAGUGCACGUGCCCAGCUAACUUCAUGGCUGUCACCAACCUCGACAAGACGCAGUCCUGCACCAUGACGCGCGUGUGUGCCUUUUUCGUGAUGAACCCGUGUGGUUUCGGCACGUGUGUGGACGACAUGGCGGGCGGCUACACGUGCCUCUGCUCCCUCGGCUACCAAGUCGGCGCCCUCACUGAUGGCUCCACCACCUGCGUUCCUGCGCCGCCAUCCACCACGGUGGUCAUGCCCGUGGCCAUCAAGUGUGCGCAAGUGCGAUCUACUUACAUCAUGUCCAAGGCUGAUUUCAUCACCCUCAAUCCGACCAUAAACUGUGUCAAGCCCAUCCCAGCGGGCACCACGGUGGUAGUCCGCAACUCAACAGGCACUCAGUACGGUUGUGUCACUCCCUACACCGUUGGACCCGGCGACACAUGCGACACGGUCUCAACCAUGUUCAACCUCACAAUUGACGGGCUCAAGACAAUCAACCCCGACCUGGACUGCGCGUCCCUCAUGAUCGGCCAGCUUCUGUGCGCACAAAUCGGCAGCCCGCAGAACCAGUCGUGCCUCUCAUACUACUACAUCAACCCCGGGGAGACAUGCAACGAUGUCAUGAUCAACACGCAGCCGCCCAUCUCAGCCACCCAGCUCUACCAGUACAACCCCGGAAUCAUCUGCACGUCCGACGCUUCUCAGCGUCUCGUGGGCCAGCAGGUGUGUGUGCAGUCGCUGACAGUGGGAGCAACGAGGUGCCUGUACGGCACGUACACAGUUGUGCGCGGCGACACGUGCAGCUCGGUCAUUUGCAAGGUGUUCCGCUGCAAAUCCUCCCUCUUGUAUUACUACAACCCCGGCUUCACAUGCAACCGCUACACGCUCUACGUCGGCAAGGUCCUCUGCAGACCCCGCUAG